ACAGAAGCCCAUCAUAAGUCCAGAUUGUCCAGUGUAGUGCUUCGUCUUAGCUUCUUGGUAGGCAACGAACGCAAAGCAAAAGACGGCAGAGAUGGAAAGAGAAGGAGAAGACGACGACAUAGUUUGCCUAGACGAAUCGUUUUUCAUCGAUGACAAUUACCAGCUGACGACUUUCACUUUUGGGUCUCAAGUUCUUCAACUCCUUUGCCUCCAAUCUGCUUCCACUGAUUUUGAUCUUACAGGACAAUUGGUGUGGCCAGGGGCAAUGCUGUUGAAUGAUUACCUUUCUAAGAAUGCAGAGAUCCUGCAAGGAUGCACUGUUAUUGAGUUAGGGUCUGGGGUUGGUAUUACUGGAAUACUAUGCAGCAGAUUUUGCAGUCAAGUUGUUUUAACAGACCACAAUGAAGAAGUGCUCAAGAUCUUGAAUAAAAAUAUAGAGCUACACGCAUCUUCUGAUAAUCCUGAAUACUGUGCUGGUGAGAGAUUAGCAGCGGAGAAACUAGAAUGGGGAAAUUCUGAGCAGAUAUCCCAGAUUUUACAAAAGUAUUCAAGAGGGUUCGAUUUGAUUCUUGGAGCUGAUAUAUGCUUUCAGCAGUCAAGCAUUACUUCACUUUUUGACACUGUGGAAGAACUUCUUCGAGUUAGAAAAGAAGGAAAGUGCAAAUUCAUACUGGCCUAUGUGUCCCGUGCUAAGACCAUGGAUUCAUUGGUCAUUAGUGAAGCGGCCCGACAUAAGAUGCAGAUAAAUGAAUUAGUUGGGACUCGAUCCUUCGUUGGCAAUCUCGAAGGACUUAUCUAUGAGGUGAACCUAUAGAACCCUGAGCAACUUGCAUUCACUUGUUACUGUUGGCGAAAAUCACAAGAAAGCUCCAGGUGUUUCUGGUGAACCAACCAUGGAUGAUCUCAUUUGUAUUUCUCUUUUGAGACAGAUAGCUAGGUUUAGUGUCUGUAAUUUGAGUUUCUUACCGUAGAAAGCGCAUGAAAAUUUUGUCAACUAUAUUCUUUGAAUAGUUAGGAUUUGUUUGUCUGGUGGUUCAAUGAUUCUACAUGAUUCCAAAUCUUAAUGUUCUAAAGAGUUGAAGUAUGAGUUCAUCCAUUUGAACAACUAGGAUUUAUUUGCAAAGAGUUGAAGUAUGAGUUCAUCCAUUUGAACCAAGAUUUAUUUUGAGGCAAC